AUGGGGCAAGGAUACUUCGAGCUGGCCGGUCGCCAGUUUCCUUCGGUAACAUGGUAUAAGGACCCUGCGUUGAGAAAGACCUAUAUCAUUCUUAUGUUUGUGGUACUCACCAGUGCCACUAACGGAUACGACGGCUCCAUGAUGAACGGUCUGCAGACUCUAACAGCAUGGCAAGACCAUUUCAAUCACCCUACAGGCGGCAAAAUUGGUAUCUUGAACGCUAUCAUGGCGAUUGGCUCGUUGGCAGCCAUCCCAUUUGUGCCCUACGCCGCCGAUUUUCUCGGUCGCCGCAUGGGUAUACUUAUCGGCUGCAUCAUCAUGCUGAUUGGCGUCGUAUUGCAAUCUGUCUCCGCCAACUUCGGCAUGUUCUUGGGAGCUCGGUUCUUGAUCGGUUUCGGAGUCGCGAUUGCACACGGUGCCUCGCCUUUGCUCAUCACCGAAUUGGUUCAUCCCCAGCAUCGAGCCAUCUUCACAACAAUCUACAACACUACGUGGUAUGCGGGCUCGAUUGUUGCUGCUUGGCUCACCUACGGCACCGACCAUAUCACGAGCAACUGGUCGUGGCGUAUUCCCACCAUCGUGCAGGCUGCACCCUCGCUGAUUCAAAUCAUGUUCAUCUGGUUCGUGCCCGAAUCCCCUAGAUGGUAUAUUGCGCAAGGCAAAGAAGAGAAGGGCCUGCAAGUCCUCGGCAAUGUCCACGCCAAUGGGAACGUCAACGACGAGCUGGUCCAACUGGAAUAUGUUGAGAUUCGCGACACCAUCAGACUAGAGAAGGAGCUUGAGUCGAACGGCUGGCUUGAGCUUAUCAAGACCAAGGGCAACCGCCGCAGACUGAUCAUCUUGUUGUCUGCUGGUCUCUUCUCUCAAUGGUCCGGCAAUGGUCUUGUGUCGUACUAUAUAAACAAGGUGCUCAACAACAUCGGCUAUACGGAUACACUGACACAAAACCUGAUCAAUGGCGUACUCCAAAUUUUCAACCUCUUCACUGCCGUUAUCGCCUGUUUCUUCGUUGACAAGGUCGGCCGCCGCAAGCUUUUCCUCAUUUCAACCACGGGGAUGCUUUUGACCUUUAUUUCGUGGACUAUCUGCUCUGCAAGGUUCGCCAUCGAUGGCUCCAAAUCGGCCGCCAACGCCGUGGUUGGGUUUAUCUACAUCUACUACUUCUUCUACAAUAUUGCAUGGUCUGGCAUGCUGGUCGGCUAUACCGCCGAGAUCCUGCCCUACAACAUCCGAGCCAAGGGCUUGACUGUCAUGUUCCUGAUGGUCGACGCGGCCCUGUUCUUCAACCAAUACGUCAAUCCCAUUGCGCUUGACAACAUUGGUUGGAAAUACUACAUUGUCUAUUGCGUCUGGCUAGGUAUUGAGCUUGCAGUCGUCUAUUUCUUUUACGUGGAAACACGUAACACACCUCUUGAGGAGAUCGCCAAACAUUUCGACGGAGAUCAGGCUCUGCUGGGUGGUGGAGCCGCCACUCAGAAGGGAUUGACUUUGGCGACUGAGAUGGGUCUCGACGGGACUGUGAGCCAUGUCCAUGCCCUGGAUGAGAAGAGACACUCUGUCGGCAUUGAAGUCGAGGAUGUUGCUUCUAAACACAACACUCAGUAG